UCCCCGAUUCCUCGUACGUUCAAUUACGUGCCACUGUCAAUGUAUGUCUGGACAAAUGUUUGGGUACCCAAUGUUCGAAUGGCCAGAUAGGUUAUGGCCGCAGAAGACGUGAUACCUCCGAGGCCAUGAUGUCACCCUUCCAGGAUACGAAUAAAGUUUAUGAGAUCUCAUUGGCCAUGUUCAUUAAAAUUAAUGAUAUUGAAGGUGUUAAUCGAAAUGAAGUUUUGCGCUUGGAGGAGAAAUUACGCGAAUUGAAAUUGGCCAAUCAACGUUUGGCACGCAACAGUCGCGGACAUUUCAAUGAACCCUUGGUGAAGACAUAUGAACAACUGCCGUUAUCUGUACCCGCUUUUGUGGUCGACGAAAAAGAAUUGGAACAGGCACGGAAUGCUGGUCGAACCGCUGCCCCAGUCACCUUAAGUGGGAUAUUCGUCUUCGCAAUUGUAGCAAUGCUGUGUAAAUUUUUGUAAAUA